AGCGUUUGUUUCCAUUAAGUUUUUUGUCAAGUGAAGGCGGCACGUGUUUCACUCUUUGGUGUACUAGGAACAAGCGGUUUCAAAAUGAGACUAAAUUAUUUUCUUAAAAUCAUAACACCAGUUAUUAUUGUAUUGAUUAUUCAUACUGUGAAUAGUGAAAGUGACCUAACAGUGUUGACACCUCUAGGCGAAAUUAGAGGAUAUCAUAUGAAAACGAGAGAAGGCAGGGAGAUAUCAGCAUUUACAGGAAUACCAUACGCUAUUCCACCUCUAGGAGACUUAAGAUUUAAGGCUCCAGUGCCAAUUGAACCAUGGAAAGAAACAUUAGAUGCGACACAGCCUACGCCAGUAUGCGUUCAGAGAAAUCCAUAUAUUAGACAAAAAGACAUAAUUGGCCAAGAAGACUGUUUAUAUCUUAACAUUUACACGCCAUAUACCAGCAACGAUUUGAUACAUGAAAACAAUCUUUUGCCAGUAAUGGUGUUUAUUCACGGCGGGGGUUGGAUGUGCGGGGAUUCCACUACUGCCAUGUAUGGUCCGGAGUACCUCUUGGACCGAGAUGUCAUUCUGGUUACCAUCAACUACAGACUUGGGCCACUUGGAUUCCUCUCUACACAAGACGAACAUUGUCCGGGCAAUAACGGACUCAAGGACCAACAAGAAGCCCUGCGUUUUAUUCAGAAAACAAUAUUGAGUUUUGGUGGAGACAAAAACUCUGUUACUUUAUUCGGGGAGAGUGCAGGAGGCGCCAGUGCGCAUUUUCAUAUGCUUUCUCCGACCAGUCAAGGCCUCUUCCACAAAGUCAUAUCCGAAUCAGGUACGGCUUUAGUACCAUGGGCAGAGGCGGCUCCUGGUGAAGGACUGAAGAAUGCUUUCCGUCUGGCGAAAUUCUUAGGCUGUCCGCAAGCCCCUUCGCGGAACAUGAUCGAAUGUUUGAGGACAAAAGACAGCUACGACAUCAUCGGUACAGAGUUUCGAUUUUAUGCGUGGGAUUACGAACCCAUGACUCCAUUCAAAGCAGUGGUAGAACCUGAUCUUCCUGGAGCAUUCUUGACACAAAGUCCGAGGAAAUUCCCUAAGGUUCCUUCUGUUCCAUGGCUGACUGGUUUGACUAAGGACGAAGGUUGUUUAAAGACAGGAUGGAUUAUCAAAAAUGAAACAAGAUAUAAGGAAUUCUUAUCAGGCUUUGAUGCGAUAGCACCAGUAACAUUUUACUAUGACAACUCUCCUCAUGUGGCAGAAAUCACAAAAGCUGUACGAAAAAAAUAUAAAAUAACGGAUGACAUGGAAGCUUCAAACGAUGGACUUCUACAGAUUUAUACCGAUUCUUAUUUCGCCUAUCCUGCUAUAGAAGCUUUGGAAUUAAAUUUUAAUUAUACUACAUCAUCUGUGUACUUGUACGAAUUAGCAUACGAAGCAAGUAAUAGUUUUUCUCAAAUAUUUGGAUACGGAGAAGAAAAAGUUGGUGUUUGCCAUGCUGAUGACCUUAUGUAUCUUUUCCCAAUUCACUUCCUCUCUAAACAGCCGUCUCGCAAGGAUAUUGAAAUGAGUAAACUCAUAAUAACUCUUUGGACUAAUUUUGCUUCUAGUGGGAAUCCGAACAAACCCAAAGUCUUACCAUUCAAAUGGGAGCCAGCAACCAACGGGCUAACUAUGGAAUACUUGCAAAUUGACGCAAACCCGUCAAUGAAACAAGAUUUUGCGUCAAGGUCCAGAUUCUGGGCAACAUUGCCACUUUGGCAUAAUGUACGCAGUCGGCGUAUUAUUGAUGAAUUGUAAUUUAUCUAAAGCACCUAGAAUGUGUGUCAACUACAUGCCUAGUUUCAAUAGAUAGUUAAAAUAUAGGUAAUAUUUUAAUAUGUAUAAACUAGCGACUUCACCCGGCUUCGCUUGGGAAUGAAUUUUCUCUAUUAUACAUACAUACCUAAUUAGAAUGUAUUGCGCCUUCGGAAAUAAGUAUAUUGUUAGAAUAACAGUGAAAACUGAAAGCUCAGAAACGAACAGAAACGGACAGAGAUUUGUUUUUAAAAUAAAAAUAAGAUAAUUUAGGAACCUGCUGAUGAUGGUGAUGUCAUUAAUAUUAUCCAUAACGUGUUACUAAAUGGAACGAAAUACAAGACAUUUUUAUAUUUGAAACUUUCAUUCUCAUUAAUUAAAUAUUUCUUUACAACGAAAUAAUACUUACUUUGUUAUUAAUUCUAAUUGCAACAUUCUCGAUAAAUUGCAUUUAAUAGCAUUGGUUGAAAUGGAAUGGAAUAAACAGGUUAUGACAUGAGCAAGCAAUAACCUGUUCGUACACCCACAUGCUAUCACAUAACUCUUUAUCAAUAGUGAGACUGUAAAAAUAAUGGAUCUUUUAUCUGCCUUUACCAAAUAAUGCGAACAAAAACAAGUUUUUAAAACAUAUACAUUAGUAACAGCUAAUAGCCUGAUAGAAUAAACCUAACUAUAAUAUAACGUGAAUUUUAGGCUUUUAAUUUGACGCCUUAAAUGUUUUAAAUUUAUUGUAAAAAUUAUGGGAAAGUCCAUCUUAAAAAUUCAAAAUUAUUUAGAAUUAUUCAUAAUUAACUAUGCCAAAUGUGAAUAAAAUAAUAUGAACAAUUUUAAGAUAUCAUAUCCAUAAACGCAAUAAUUAAGGUAGCUGCCAAACAAAUAAGGUUUAUGAUGCGAAUAAAAUACAAAAUAAAAGACGUGUUUUGGACUCAUCUUAAUUAUGUGUUACGCAUAUAUCAGGAAGUUUUUUGUUAAUUGACGCGAUUAUUUCGCCAACGUUUUAGUUGCUGUGAAUCUGAAAUAAUUUAACAAAACAAAAAACGUCAUCAUGCCAAAACAAUUGAUUUAAUAAUUUUUAUUUUAAGAAUAUAAUAACUAAGUUCUGGGCAUUAUUUCAAGCGGAUUACAAUAAAAGAUUUGAAUGUAAAGGUAGUGCUAAUAGUUUUUUCAGGGUUCUAUUAAGGCCUCAGCAGCUUAAGACUAAAUACAGAAAUAUUAUUUAUCGCGUUUUUUCACGAGAAACAGUUAAAUAUCUUGUUAUUUUUUGGAGAUU